AUGGCGUCAGCGCUAAUAACGACAUCACACAAUGUCAAAAGAAAUAUUAACAGCCAGAAGCAUAAUAAUGACUUACGAAAACAUCCCUGCGGAACUAACGGGAUAUUUUGGAAAACUGAAGAUUCUAAAGGUUCCCGUCCAGGUGCUGAUGCUUAUAUCCCUGGUGUUGAUCCCACUAACAGUAGAAAGUCAAAAAGCCUCAAAUGGCAACCUUACAAAGUUCAGCCGAAGUCUUCAACCACUUCUUCUGGACAUGUUAUAAAAGAUGUCUCCCCUUUGACAAAUGAAUAUGCUGCUAGUGAAAAUUCCACAGAAAGCCAAAACACUUCCCAAAGAUCAGAUGGCAAAAAUUUUAUAAACGAGACAAGAAAAGUUUUCCUCAAGGAUUUAUGCCAUGAAGACAAGUUAAGAGUUGCAAAUCUCAUCCAGGAAUUGGCAAAGGCUGGGGAACAGCGAGAAGAAGCCUUGCUAAAGUUAACCCAAGAACGAGAUGACUACAACAAAAAGGUGAAAGAGUUAUCAGAUCAAGUCCAAUGGUUGUCUGAUGAACACAAACAAACUCUUUGCAAGAUGACAGACUGCCACCACCUUUUAAAUCUUUAUCAGCACAUUCUUAUUGAGCAGCAACAAAAGAAGAGAAGGCAUAGUAUGCCUCUUGCAGCCACCAAUACCUCCAAACAUAACAAGGAGAAUGCAAAGCAUGGCACAAAAAUUCAAAGCAAUUCUUUGCAACUACCACCAAAGCAAUCAUCAAGGGCCCAGCCAUUGAGUAACAAUUCUUGCCUUGGGGAUAACCUACAACCAGCAAAGCAUGCUCGUCGAAGUCUUUCACCUUCCUGUCUCCAACCAGACAGUUUGCAGCCUGGAUUCUCCCAUCAUAGUCCUCGUCUUCGUCGAAGCCUCUCACCCCGUAUUCAACAACCCGACAAUUUAUCCCCUAGAAAUUGUAUCCACCGUCGUCAUCAUAGUCCCCAACAGUGCCGCAGUCUCUCACCUUCUAGUUUUCCUCCAGAGAGAAUGAACACUCAGCAUCCAAAGUUUAAUUCAAGCUACCUGUUACCUUUGACUAAUGAAGCUGACAAUCAUGUGUCACCACGAACUUCACCUUGCCUCUCAAGGGAUCAACCGACUAACAAGUCGCCACUGCCUAAGCCUCACUCUGUACCUGAAAGCACAAGACCAAACUUAAAACCAGCCACGGCAAUUUACAAGACCAGUCCUUCAGCACCUGGUGCGUAUGAAAAAACAGAUACUUUUGUUAGGGACCAUUCUGAUGUUGAAAGCCUCUCAGAAUUUCCUAACCGUUUCCAAAGAUCUCCAACGGCAAGACUUAAUUGUUCCAAUAAUUCAGGAAACCAAAAUAAUAAUGCAACUGCGGAACGUAUUCCAAAACCCAGCACACUGUCUUCCUGUUGCAAUGAAAGAACUUUCUCUCCAAGCAUUGGCUUCCCUAAAAGAAAUGCCACUUUUACAAAUAAAUCCAAAACACGCCUCUCUCUUGGACCACUUCAGGAUCCAAUCAUGUCCAGUACACAGAGAAGUUCUGAACUGCGUUUCAAUGGUUCCUAUGUUUCCCAGAACACUGCUAACAAUCAGUCUUGUGUUCUUCGGAGUCCAUCUGGUUCCAUACGGAGUUUACCUGCUUGUUUUCUGUCGAACAAAGAUUCUGGCACAAAUCCUUGUGCUCCAUUGAAAUUUGAAACCGCUCAAAGUGACACUGAUUACAGUUAUGUAAGAAAAUUGAGUUUUUCUUCUGCACAGAGUUUGCCAACAGCCUUAACACAUCUUGAAAAAGCACCCCAUUCUGGGACUGGCACUUCUGCUGCUGUUAAUGAAGCAGGCAGUGCUGCUGUCAGUAAGGUGUCAUUUGCAGAUGGGAGUGAGGAGUUAUCAAACCCUGGGUCACCUAUUCGAUCUGCUGAUGAUGGAAAGGAAAUCAAAGUCCCAGAUACUCCAAAUACAGAUUGCUUUCGUUUGAUGAGCAAUGAAGAACGACGCCAAUUUCUUCUGCAGCAGAGAGCUCUCUUGGAAGAGGAACGAAAUCGUCUCUUGGCCAUUCUCGAGCGUCCGGAUUUGGCCCCUGCUUUUGAAACUGCAGUAUCAAAGGGUUUUCCCACUCAGAGUCCUGAAGGAAGUACGGAUUAUCCACUCAGAGAGUCCAGACCUAACAUUGUCCAAGGACUGGGAGGAGCUUUGCUCAUUACAAACAAUUUACCUUUAAAUUGUUUUGACAAGACCUCAAACAGUGAACCAAUUCUCAGAAGAAAUAAACCUGAUUCUUUGCCACCACCAUCUCCACCACUACCACCACCAGUGUACACUUCCAAUGAAGUUGAACAAAACUUUCCAACUAUAGAUGAUGAUUGUUGUAGUUUGCAGUCCAACUGCAGUUUCUCUUCAAAGCAAUCUUCAAUGUCUCUAAUUGACUUAAUUGAUUCAAUUGAACUGAAGCCUCCAGAAGAUAACAAGAGUCCAGAGCAUUAUGCACAUCAGAAUCCAUCGAAGAUGAAAAAAAUUUCUAGGCAAAAUAUCAAAGCCACUUAUCCUCAGAAACAAGAAUUAACUUUUGAGAAUCAAGUUUUGCAGGACAUUUUCUUUUUAAACUAA